AGGAAGACUAGCGUUUUACGUUCCUUCUUUGCUUGCAGUCCAGACAAGGAAUCGAAGCCAACUGCCCGGAGCUCACCGUCACUGGCGGCGCCUCCUCCUCCCCUCACAACAUCAUGCCCUCCUUCGGCGGCGCUGCAUCGUCCUCCGAUCACAUUUCCCUCGCAAAAUCCCCCGCUUUCCUCAAAUUCACCGCUUUAACCCUCUUAUCCAUCUCUAUCUUCGUCCUCCUCAGGCACUUCUCAGACCCAACCCCCAAUUUCUCAUCGCCCCUUUCCAAUCUCACCACCACUGUUAAUGCCGUUGCAAAACCGUCCCGGCCGCCGGUUUCUCCUCCCCCUCUCCCGACGGUUUCUCUGCCGUCUGUGGGUCCUCCAGCUAGGCCGACUAGGGAUUUCUUGGAACGGACGGGAAUUAUCGACGAGAAUGGCUUGAUGGUGCUCGACUUUAUAAUAGGGGAUUAUGACGAUGAGCUGUUAGAGACUGUGGGGAAUGCCAGUGGAGGUGGAACAAAUAGGGAUGAGAGUAAGGGGAUUACGAAGAAGGGCAAAAUUGGGAAAUUUGGAGUCUGUGAUCAGAGUAUGAGCCAUUGCAUUCCUUGCUUGGAUAGUGUGGAGGUUUUGUCCAAGUUCAAUUCCUCCGAGCGGCAUUGCCCGGAGAAGGGGUUGGAUUGUGUUGUGCCGAUGCCCAAAGGCUAUAGAUUUCGAGUUCCGUGGCCAAAAAGCCGAGAUGAGGUUUGGAUGUCAAACAUACCUCAGACUUCCUUGGUUGAUGACAAAAGUGGGCAAAUUGUGAUAUCAAAAGAGAAACAAGUGUACUUAUUUCCCGAAGGAGGGACUGACUUUCCUCACGGUGUAGAACACUAUUUGGAUCAGAUAUCCUCGAUGGUUCCAGAGAUUUCCUUUGGGAAUAAAACACGGGUGGUUUUGGAUAUCGGUUGUGGUGUGGGAAGCUUCGGUGCUUAUCUAGCAAAGCGAAAUGUAGUCACUCUGUCCAUAGCUCCAAAAGAUGCUAGCAGUAACCAGAUUCAAUUUGCACUUGAACGUGGUGUGCCAGCCAUGAUUGCUGGCUUUGAAACACGUCGUUUGAUGUAUCCUAGCCAAGCAUUUGACUUUGUACAUUGUUCAAAUUGCAGAGUCAACUGGACCAACAAUGAGGGUAUUUUGCUUCUAGAGGUAAACAGAGUGCUGAGAGCAGGAGGUUACUUUCUACUGGCAGAACAACAACCUGUUGACAAACAAGAAACGUCACUAGAACAAUGGAAAGAAAUGGAGGAUCUUACCGAUCGCCUUUGUUGGGAACUUGUGAAAAAGGGAGAGGGGAUUGCAAUAUGGAAGAAACCUCUGAACAACAGCUGUUAUUUCAACCGGGGGCCAACUGCAAAACCUUCCAUAUGUGGCAAUGAUGAUGACCCAGAUGAUGUCUGGUAUGUGAAUAUGAAGGCGUGCAUCACUAGUUUACCUGACAAUGGGUAUGGUGCUAAUGUGACUGCAUGGCCUGCUCGACUUAAGUACCCACCGGACAGACUGUUUAGCAUAAAAAUGGAUGCCAUUUUGUCCAGAAGGGAAAUUUACAGAGCAGAUACUAACUACAUGGUCGAUCUUGUACGUGGAUAUAUUAAUGCAUUCCACUGGAAAACACUGCAACUAAGGAACAUCAUGGACAUGAGAGCUGGAUAUGGAGGGUUUGGAGCAGCUUUGGCUGAGAAUGGGGAGAUUGAUUGCUGGGUAAUGAAUGUGGUUCCCGUCAGCGGACCUAAUACACUGCCCGUUAUUUAUGACCGCGGUCUCAUUGGGGUCUUGCAUGAUUGGUGUGAGCCGUUCGACACAUAUCCAAGAUCAUAUGAUUUAUUGAAUGCGGUUGCUCUUUUCUCGGCCGAGAAGAACAGACGUAACAUAUCAAACAUAGUGCUGGAAAUGGAUCGGAUCCUGAGACCGGGAGGAAGAGUUUACAUCCGCGACUUCACACCGAUCAUCGACGAAGUGGAGGAGCUGACACGGGCCGUGGGGUGGGUGAGUUUCAGGUACGAUGACAGCGAAGGCCCCCAUUCUAACUGGAAGCUCUUAACCUGUGAGAAACGCAUGUAGCAUUCUCAUCUCCUCCCUGCAAACCCCACACCAUCUUCCUGCUUAUACAUGCUUAGAACAUUCUU